AUGUCGAGCAUUCCAGUACCACAAACGGCCAAACGUCAGCGCACGGCGGCGACUAUACCAGGUGGUAUUGGUGCAGGCCCUAGUAAGCUGGCAGAGCCCGCUGCUACUCGUACUGUUGCAGCAACACGAUCUGUCAGUACAGCAGACAGUGGCCGCUUUGUCCCCUCCAGACGCACUCUCACCACCACAUCAGCUGGUCUCACCAUGUCACGAGCACCCAUGACGAAUACCACCAAUCGACCUUCGGCUGUCGUUGGUGCCACAACACGCUCUGUCAGUGCAACCAAGGUCGCAGCCGGUGCUGCCCUUGCUGGAGGCGCGGCGGUCCGAAGAGGAGUUACAAGCGUCACACGUCUUCGACCUGGUACAAAUGCCGCCAACGCUGCUGCUGCCGCUGCUUCACGAGCUAGUAACGGAAGUGCCACCUCCACUGCCUCCGGCGAUGUUGACCCUUCCCGAAUGGAUGCUAUGGAAUCGCGCCUCGCCUCCAUGGCCGAACUCUUUGAGCUCGAGCGCCAAAAGACAGAGGAGAAAUGGAACAAAGAGCGCUCCGAUCGCCUCGCACAGGAAGACAAGGUCCGCCAGCUCGAAGAAGAUCUCAUCGAACAACGCAAGAUCGCCCAAUCGAAGCAGGAAGAGAUCAAGCGUCGACGUACGUUGGCCGACGACGAAUUGCUUCAACUCACAGCCAAAUGCAACCGCGAAAAGCGUUUGCUCGAGACAGAGCUCGAGCAGGAGCGAGAGACUGUCGCAGCACUCAAAGCCACCCUCAGCCAGCAAAGCACGAGUCACUUGACCAUGGAAAGCACCAACACAGCGCUGCGCUCUCAAGUUCAGGUGCUCCAGGACGAGAUUGAGGCACUGCGUGCCGAGAUCUCGAGUAUGGACAAGGACGUUGCUGAGACCAAGGAGGCCAACUUGCACCUCGAGAGCGAGCUGCGUGAAGCAGAGUCCUUGAGACGCAAGCUGCACAACGAAGUGCAAGAGCUGCGAGGAAACAUAAGAGUCUUCUGCCGUGUGCGUCCUCCUUCGAACAACGAUGCCAGCAACGGCACUGAGGCUCUCGCCACCAUUCGCUUCCCGAACGAACGUGAAGCAACUCAGAUCGAACUACUCGCAGCUGGCGAGUCGGCAACAGGAACCGUCACAAUGCGCAACCACCUCUUCACUUUCGAUCGAGUCUUCCAGCCCACCGCUUCGCAGGCGGAUGUGUUCGAAGAGAUCGCCCAUCUUACACAAUCGGUGCUCGAUGGUUACAACACAUCGAUCUUCGCUUACGGUCAAACCGGUUCCGGUAAGACACACACACUCGAGGGUGCGGCAGACUCGAACACCAACCUGGCUUCUGACCCCUCUGCCGACGCCGGUGCCGGUCUGAUCCCACGGGCUGUCCAAAUGCUCUGGUCCACCGCUGAAAGCCUCAAAGACAAAGGCUGGAAGUACGACUUCGAGGGCUCCAUGCUCGAAAUCUACCUCGACAACAUCAAUGAUCUUCUCGGCAAAGCCGAAGUCGACAAGGCCAAACACGAGAUCAAACACGAUAAAGGACGCACCACUGUCUCUGACACCGUCGUUAUUCCUCUCGACUCUCCUGCUCAAGUCUUUGCACUGCUCGAAAAAGCCAAGAAGCGUCGCCAGGUCGCAGCUACACUGAUGAACGAGCGUUCUUCCCGUUCGCAUUCCGUCUUCAUGCUUCGAGUGCGAGGUCAAAACGCAACGACGAUGGAAGCAUGCGACGCCGUCCUCUCCCUCGUCGAUCUCGCGGGUUCCGAACGUCUCGCCAACUCUGGAAGCGACAAAGACCCCAUCCGUCUCAAGGAAGCUCAGUCAAUCAACAAAUCCCUCUCCUCUCUCGCAGAUGUCAUCUCGGCAUUGGGUCAGAACAAAGGGUCGACAAACCACGUACCUUACCGUAACUCAACACUGACUUGGCUGUUGAAGAACAGUCUGGGUGGAAACUCAAAGACAUUGAUGUUGUUGGCUUUGAGUCCGAUGGCAGCACACAUGAACGAGAGUUUGUGCUCGUUGAGGUUUGCGACUAAAGUCAACUCGACAACAAUCGGGACAGCGAAGGCGGUCAAGUCUAUUGCCAAUUAG